CGCCGGAUAGUCCUGCUGUCGCAGUAUAAGUAAACACUGCCCUUCUCAGUUUGAGAGAGAGAGAGAGAAAAGCGCGGUAAAGCUUUUCCAGAAUAGGGGAAACCGCUCCAUGGCAGGAAGCAAGCUAUCUGCUGUUGUUGUCAUAUCGAUAUGUUUUGUGAUCUUUGUGAGUAAAAGUGAAAGUGGUCAUUGUAACUCAGGUCAGACUGUCCAUAUCUUACCAAAUGGUAGUGCCCGUUGUUGUAUACCAUGGCCAUAUACCUGUCCCAUAAAUUACCCUUACACGAUUUGUGACAAAGAUGGCGGCCCGGAUGUCUGCAGGAAAUGUCCUUCAGGCUCCAUUCAACCGAAUCUUUCCAACUCAACCCAUCCGAAAAGUUGUUUCAAAAACAGGCCGAUAUGUAGUGAAGACAAAGUUCCACUGAACCGGGUGGAAAUGCUCAGGGGUGUGAGACCAUCCUGCAUCUGUGACAGAGCAAACAAUUACUUCCCUAUAAUGGGUGGCAUUGGAUGUGACUUCAAACCGCGGGGUUGUCCAAAAGGAAAGGAACUACAGGUGAAUGGAACUUGUGGAGAAUGUCUUUUGGGAACUUACAAAGAUUGGGGUGGCUUCGGCUUGUGUAAGCCUUGGACCAAUUGUGAAAGUAAACGUCUUUCCUUGAAGCUAAAUGGUACAACAUCCACAGACGCCAAAUGUGAGAAGCAGAGCAAAGUGAUCUCCAAGCAUGUAACGUCUGUAAUGCCAAUGAACAGGACAUUAGGUGAGUGAGCUAUGAAGGAUGUAGUACGA